AUGGCGGACAUAAAGUCGUUGCUGUUGCAGGUGUUCUCGAUUAUUGGUUGCCAGUCGACUGAGGAAAUUGAAACGGAAAACGAGCUUUUUAGUAUUCAGUCAAUCGUGAGAAAAGUUUUUGAUGAAAGCGUAGUGGAUGGUGUCGUGACUUGUAGGAAUACACAGAUCGAUGAGUUCGCUGAACUGCAAAUGCCAAAGGUUCAACUUGACGAAAUACUUAAACAGCGAAUAGACAUUGUCAGCAAUGAAGCACUAGAAGAAUUCCAUUACCAAAAUGAGGAGAACCUUCAAGCCAUUAAAAACAAAGAGCCUGUGAAAAAGCGUCCUCGUUACGAUAAAAAUUUCAAUGACUUGGUUCAAAUCAGCAGUGAUGUUGGCUUGGUGUGGUAUAGUGCUGAAAACAAUGAAUAUAUCGUUCCAGCAAUUAUCUUCGAGCAGCUGCAACUGAAACAUGCACCUCAAGAAAAAGAAAAUGAAAAUAAGAUUGAUAAUUUAGCCAACACCAAAUUAUCUAACAUUAGAGGCGGAGUAAAGAAGGUAAGACAACAUCUCUGGGAGAAUUUAGGUUGUCCAACACUGCUUGAAAAUCCAUCAGUUUUUACACCAGCUGACAUGCAAAGCAUUUGCAGAAAAGCAGGGGUGCCAAACCUACUGAACAGCAUAAACUAUCUUUUGUCAGCCCCAGAACAAAGCAAAAAUGUAGUUGAAAAAAAUGAAUCAAGGGCUGUUAAUAUCCUCCAUAUGUUAAUGUUUGCCCAGUCUCAGAAGUGCAGCUGGUUUCAACAUAUAAAUGCAUCGUUCCUCAGAAGACAUGGCCUGAGUGAAAGUGGGCUUACAGCUUUAUGGCAAGAGGGUCUUACGGUUCAUCCAAGAACAGCACGUGUCAUGGCAAAGGUUGUCAGCUUCAGCUAUGAGUCGCUAUUACAAGGUUGGAUAGAGGAUGCUGUUUAUAAGCGGUCACUUUUAGUAUUUAUGGUGGAUGAUUAUACCAAUAUCCACACCAUGCAUAGGCCCACAACCGAAGUACCCUUGUCUGUUUCCCAAAAGGCAACCCUACUCCUCAAGAGGUAUGAUGACAUUCCAGCCCUACCAGUUGAUGAGAUGAGCAAUGUACACAAUCCUGUUGGCGUUGAUGAGCAACUCCUUCUUGCUCUCCUGAAAGAGAAAAUGCCUUUUCUUAGUAUGUCAUUUGCUGAAUACAUGCCUGACUGGAUUUGGAAAAGGUUCUUUGACCCUGAAUCAGAGCGAAACAGACUAGCUUUACAUGACUACCAAGAAUAUGAAAAAAUAGGCUAAUGCGAUCCAUGGAAAAUACCAUGUUGAUAGAUUCAAUAGAGUUACCUCUAAAAAGUUUGUCAGCAUUCCAUGAAGCUGUAGAGCAUGCUACACAAAUGGGUUUGUCAAUAUACCUUAAAGAAUUCUUGGUUGUAAAUCCUGGUGACUGGCCAGCACAACACGUUCUCCGUCAGAUAGUUUAUAGCCCUGAAACACCUCUGGAAAUGUCCAAUAUUGUGCCAUUCCUAGGUGCACUCCAUGUCUCCCUCAAUGGCCGUGAGAAUCCUGUUAUGAUUUUCAUUCCCUUCUUCAAGGAACUUUACAAGGCAAUUUUUGGUGAAAGUAGAAUUUUGAGCGACCAUCCACAGCCAUGGAAAAUCUCUCGUCUCUGAUUUGACAUACAGUGGCUGGACAUUUGUUCGAGAAUCCGUCUUGAAAGUAUUUGGUAAAUCAAAAGACAUUCAGAUUCUCGCCCUCAUCAAUCUGUUAGAAAACUAUCUUCCUUUGAGCCUCAGCAUUUACUCCACGAUGUUCAAGAGGAAGAUCGUGAAAAGAUUUGCUAAACAUUUCUUCGAUCAGUUUAGGCAUGCACCAUUUUAGGGGCAAGAUGCUUGUGAAAGAUCUUGUCGCCUUCGUUUUGCUCUUAGUCGUUUUGAGAUAUUUAUAGGGGAUGUAUCAGUUUUGAAAGACCUCUGGGAUAGUUCUUGAGAAAGAUUAUGCCCAUAUCACGCGUUAAUUAUUAUGCCGUUGUUAGCAUGCAAGUUAUGUAGCUGCCGGGACGAUUUUAUCGAAAGAAAAGAACGAAAGAUUUAACCGAUAUACGUCGCACCAUUUAUUGGCCAUCCUCUGCCUUUUAAAAGGUCCUGAGAAUCAUUAGAAACAUUUUACACAACAAUCAAUUCGCCUUUUUCAGACAACUUCCUCAGUUUUCCCAUCCCAAAGGAUUCCAACCAGAUCGGAUAAGUCCUAUCCAAAUAGUUCUAUAAAAAUUGUUUCGUGACCUUUUAAGUAUGUUAUUGGGUAGGCUUUGAGCAGGGGCGUAGCAAAAGAGGCGUUUGUCAAAAUUAUAAAUUUAGACGAAUUGCUUUAAAUUAAUUCAUCUAAAUAAUGUAGUCCAUUUCUUCUUUAAAAUUUCUCCGUAUUUUCUCAGAUUGCUUAAGAUUUCACUGGAAGCAAUUGGCCGUUGAAUUACUGCCAACAGUCACACUUCUGCAGAACAACUUUGUUUGGCUAAUUUGGGGAUUUGCCGUACCCCCCCCCCCCUAAAUAUAAUCUUUAGCUUCCUCUGGCUUUGAAAGCCAAGCUUUCUCAAUCUUUGAGGCAU